AUGGAGUAUCUCGAAAAAGGCGACCUCUUGAAAUACCUAGAUCAUUCAAGAACGCCUCUCUCAGAGAACGAGACAAAAGAGAUUACAUUCCAGAUCCUCGAAGGUCUAGACAUGAUGCACCAAAAUAAAUUUGCUCAUCGUGACCUCGAGCCCCAGAAUAUCUUGAUUCAAUCGCAUCCACCUAGUCAAUGGUGGGUCAAGCUGGCCGACUUUGGAAUCAGCAAACGGAUCGAGGAAGCAUCUGGGGGCUCGACUCUACACGGUACUCUGGGGUACAUAGCUCCUGAGUUAUGGAAGCUGACAGCACGAGGCAGUCCCGGACGGCCUUUUCAAAUAUAG